GGAAGGGAGGUUGUGUCGUGCUCCUCUGGGCUUUCCGCGAGUCGUCGCCGUAGUCACGUAGAAAAUAAAAAAAUAAAAUAGUGGAAAGUCAAUUUUGGAUUUCGAACGCGGCAACAGUUUUCGUUGGUGGCGUUAACUUUUUAAAUUGAAAUUUUGAUUGUGGUGUUCUACUGUUAUAUUAUUAAGUGCGUGAUAGUGUUGUGCUGUGAGUGUAAAACUGUACGGUGAUUUUGCGGAAAUUGAAGACAAUUACGUACGUGGAUGCUAUACUGAUUAUGAAGAUUUAAUUCAGUUACUAAUAUGAGAUAGACAUCUACAAAACAUUAGAAUGUAUCGUACGUGCUGAUAUUUUCGUGAACAAAUGCGUCCGUGCGCAAUCCAGGAAUGCGACAGCACGAGGAAAUGACCCUCAAAGCAAAAUGGCUCGUAAACACUGGAACACAUGGAUGAAAAUAGCGCUCGUGCCAAUCGCAUUAUUGACUUCCACAAUAGCUGACUUCACAACGGAAUGCCAGCGGCCCUGUGACUGCAGAUGGCAAUCGGGAAACAAAGCUGCCAUUUGCUCAAACUCAAGCCUAAAAAUGAUACCGGCAAACCUGAGCAGCGAUAUUCAAAUACUAGAUCUAACUAAUAAUAAUUUAAUACAACUUCAACAAGAAGCUUUUAAGAAAGUAGGCCUUAGUAAUUUAAAGAAAUUAUUCCUUAGAGAAUGUAACAUAGAAGUUAUAAAUAAAGCGGCAUUUGUCACACUAGCUAUUAUGAUCGAGCUCGAUUUGUCAAAGAACAGGAUACGAUAUCUACACCCAGACACGUUCAAAGGCACAGAGAAACUAAGGUUAAUAAACUUAAGCAACAACUUCAUCGAUAAGUUAGAGGACGGUAUAUUCCGCAAUUUGAAGUUCCUACAGAAAGUAGAGGUUAGCAGUAACAGGAUCGCGCGGAUCGGAACUAAAACGUUCGUGAACUUGCCGCAACUGAAGAUUCUCAGGUUGGAUGGUAAUAAUUUGAGCCACAUGAAGCCGGAAACUUUGAUGGCGCUGAGAAACUUGUCCGGCCUGGAUUUACACAACAAUCCGUGGAGGUGUGAUUGCAAUUUGCAGACUUUUAGAGACUGGGUGAUCACUCAUAACUUAUACACACCGCCGACGGCGUGCGCUGAGCCUCAAUCUGUUAAAAGUAAACUUUGGAACGAACUAGAUUCGGCAAACUUCGCUUGUCGGCCUACCAUACUAGAGCCAAUACGAGAUACCAUAAUCAGAAGUUACGAUGACAACGUCACAUUGUCUUGCAAAGUCGUCGGGAACCCAAAUCCCGAAGUGGUCUGGAAAUUUAACGGUAAAGUCAUAGAGACGAGAUUGUUUGGAGAAUUAAGAUAUGUUAUAUCUGAGAAUACAAUGGAUCUGAUUCGUUGGGUUAAUCUCACUAUAGUUCACGUGAGGUAUAGUGAUAGAGGUAACUAUACUUGUAUUGCAGAAAACCCUGGAGGCAAAGAUGAGAAAAGUCUCAUGCUUGUAUUGUCAAAAUAUGGAGGUAUUGGUACGAUAGCUGGAAUGGAUACUGACAUUUUUGCUAUAUUGAUUGGGUGUCUUAUAGCUAUACUAAUAAUAUUUUCAACAGUUUUAUUUAUUUGUUAUUUCACAACUCAGAAGAAUGAUAUAAAAAGACUGAUAAAGACCGAUACUCGUUCGUCUAAUGGGGAAGCAUUGAUUGAAGGUUCUGUUGCGUCUGAAGGAGAGAAAGUUAUGAAAGCUGAAGUGAACCCUAUAACUAAGCCUCCAAGAAAAUAUGAGGCUCCGCCGUCCCUUACAUGCGAAGCUACUGAAAUGUUAGAAUUGAACAAGACUUUAUUGGAUAAUGACUGUGUUUUAGCAUCCAACGAAGAAAACAAUCGCCGACAAGAAGUUGAACUGCCGAAGAUAACCCACGACUCUCUUCUCUUAGACCGACUGACACAAGAGCACCGAGCAUACCCACCGGAUCUCCUCUCAUUCCCACUCCGAGGAACACCUCAAAUUUCUCCAGGAAUCUCGGGUCACGACAGAGAAAAGGACAGCCCUAUUAAAUCACCAGGAUACGGAGUAUCAUCCAUCAACACGUCUCUUUAUAGCAGAUUCCAAAACCCAAGCUUCGAAGGAUCAAUACCCUUAAUGAGUCCUAAAGGAGGAUACGUGACGCUUCCAAGACGGCCAAGGAAUAGCAUAUCAGACAAUCGACCACCAGUAUUUUCGACAAUCAAUGGAGUAAUACCAUAUUACGAUUUUAAUAUGAAGCUAUUCGGCAAUGGUGGCAAUUAUUAUAGUCUGAAUAAGAGCGAAAUGGAUUUAGGGCCAGUAAGAAAAUUGAGUUCCAAUUUUGAUUCGGGUGAAAUUGAACCUGCGCCAUCGCCAGCCCCUGGUACACCGCAUGCAACAAUACCAAGGAAUAGUCUAAGCUCACCUAAUAUUCACAACCAAUUGUUAGCACUUCAAGCUAUGGCUAUUAGCAGUAGAUUGUCGAAAAAUUCUGAGCAAAGACCAUUACAAGUGAUGCUGGAAAACGAAGGUUUGAUUAAGAAUUCCACUAGAGAUUUGAGAGUUAGUUAUAAUGUUAGCACGUUAGGGAGAAAUAGAACAGCGCCGAAACCACCGGUUAAACCGAGAAAGAGGAAUUCUUGUGAAGUGACAGAGCAGUUUCUUCUCAAUUCUGGUGAUAAUGCCACACAAGUGUAAUGUAUUGUGUAUAUUCCAUAGAGUUAUGUUAAAAAUGGCAUGAUAAAAAAGCAUUUAACAAAAAUUCCAAUACAACUUGAGUCUAUAAAUUUUAUUAAUUAUAUACUGUAUUUUGGUUAACACCAGUAUUCGAUGUCUGUCUGUCCGACGUGUUAAGAAAUAGGUACAUACCUUUUUUAAUGUUCAGAAAUUUUGCAGGAAAAUUCAGUUGGAUUUCCUCUCACGUCGCUACUGUUGAAAAAUUAAGUUUCAGAAUGUUUCCUAUUUUGGUCGUACUAUCUGAUAUAUUUAAUCCUUACCAAAUAUCACACAUUGUCAAUAACAUUAUUUUAUAGACAAUUUUAAAUUAAUAUAUUGUAAAAAAUAGAGUCAAAUAUUUCAAAUCGAAUGACAAAAAUUUAUUUAAUGGCCCUUAAAAUGCUGUGACUAUUUUGAUUGAAUUAUUUCAAACAAAUAAGAGAAAAAUUACAUAGAAACCUAUAUAUACUGAGAGAUUACAUGUAACCCUAGGAAAAUUGCUAAAUUUGUGUUUAUUUCGAAAAUAAGUAUUUCUGUUUUAUAUAUUUAUUUAUUUUACAUUCUUCAGAUUUUUAAACGCUUUUUAUUUAUUAUAUUUCAGGAAAUGUUAAAUCUCAAUUCUAGUAUAUUAUUAUAGUGUUAUAAACUACUUAUACACACGAAGUGGAUACAGAGUUAACAAAUUAAUUCGGCAUUUUUUUUAGUCAAAAAUUAAAAUUUACAAACUUGACUGCCAAUUUAAUUUAUAUGAUUAAAAUUAAAUUGGCAGUUAUUAAAUUUUAAUUUUCUGUUCAUUCAAUAAGUUAAAAGCUUUAAUAAAAAAAAAAUUACAGUUAGUCAUUUUAGAUUUAUAUAUUUUGAAUAUAUAUGGUGUAUGUAAUCAUAUGUAAAUAAAUUCGUUCAUUACGAAUAACAAUGAAAUACCUAAUACCUAGUUAAAAAUUUAAUUAAUCAAUUAUUCAAAUUAAAUUUAGUAUUCAAUAUCGGUGCUUCAUAUGAAUAAAACAUUAAAUGCAUUAAUUCAGCAAUCUUCCAUAUUAUGCUUGGUUUAUAAAAAUAGUGGGUGAUUUUUUUUUUCACUGCACAAGGAGGUCGAAAGGAAGGCUAAAAAUUGAUAAGGAUUAUAUUUAUAUUCCUAUAAGAAUAAUUUCUAAAAAAAAAAUAAAAACUUUUAUUUCAGUUAACAGGAUCCAUGUUCACACAAAAAUAAUGAACUAACAAAACACAAAUGACAUAAAAAAAAAAACAUUUAUGUUGUUUUUUCUAUUUGCUCAGCUCAUUGAAAACGACAAAUAUCAAAAAAAAAAAUACAGUGAAAGAAAGACGUGAAAUUCUGUCCAAUUUGUGUGGGAGAACAAAAAAAAACCAUAAUUUUAGACACAAUUUUUUUUUGGACAACAACUGAACAUCACCCAAAAAAUAUAGACAAAUAGUUCGUAAAAUUUGUGCUGGGAAAAAUUAAUUACCCUGUUUAAACAAUAGAAGAAUUAGUUGUCUGUAUAUAUAAAAUAGCUGACUUGCGUAAAAUUGCGAAUAUAUUGUUAUAUUAAAAGUAUGAACAUGUAAUUUAACUACGUACGGAUUUAUGAAGAUACAAUUCAUAUUCAGGACUGAAUAAAUAAUUUUAUAUAUUUUAUACUUCUUAAUUCUCGAUAUUUUCCACUCCAUUAAUCAAAGAUAAAGAAAAGUUUGAAAGGAGUUAACGUUGCCACAUGGGAUAGAACAAAAAGCCGGCCCAAAAAGGGACAAAAAUACGCGAGGAGAAACGGGACAGAGCGCUGUCCCCCUUAUAAUACUGACGUCUUAAACAAGAUAGGAGAUUCUUAUAUCUAAUUUUGAAAAAAAAAAAUCUGUUCACGAUUUUUUUAAUCAAAAUAAUAUUUGUUAUCAGUGCAAAAAGAUAUAUAUUCCAAGAUUUUAUUAAUUUUGUAUUGCACCCAUCUUUUUUAUGACGAUAAACCUGGGCAUUAUUUCUUGAAUAUGAGCGAAAUCGAAGUUAUAACGUUGUUCAAGGUUUUCUCUGUCUUGUCUACUCUAAAAUGAAGAAAGAUUUUGAAUUGAUCACAUGUUCGAGCUCAAUUCUGCAUUUUUCGUACUAUAACGAAAAUAAUGCAAUUUUGGUCAUUGAUCUCUUUUCUCCCUGACUUUGGACUUAAGUAUUUUCUUUUAUUGUUAUAAUAAUUUACUUGAAAAUAUCUAUUUACUGUAAUGUUAGUUGUAUUUAACUUAUUCAUUGAUUAUAUUUUAUUAUAUACUUUCUCAUGUUUUAAGUAAUUUUAGUUGGUAUAAAAUUGAUGUAAAAGUUAUAGAAUUUAUUGUUGAGAUGAUUUUCAUUACUCUAAUGUAUAAAUGUAUAUAGUAGAUAUAUAAAUUGUAUAAAAAAUUAUAUAUUCGAGGUGUGGUCAGAGUAUAUGAUGGAAGGACCAAUUGGAAUGAAGAAUAACAAAGAAUGUAUUAAAUAAAAUACAGUU